AUGACUCUCCUCGACGCUCAUCUCGAGCAGAUUUCUUUCUGCGCCGCAUCAAUUGCGGAGCUCCCCUCGAGCCGCCGAAACACUAUUUUCAACCCGAAUGGAGGAAGCACUAGUAUCACAGGUGGUGGUGCAAACGCCGUUAGAGCACCACGGAGAAAUACUGCCGUAGCAGCUGUGUUGGGAACAGAGCUCGUUGAAAGAAUACGGAGAGGAGGAGGUGGUGGUGCUGGAACUGGACUCGGAUAUAGGACCUUUGAUGGCACAAAUCGAAAUGACGUUGACGUGGAAGUCUUGUUAGAAGGGGCAGAGAAGCUAUGUGGCGUAUAUCCAAUCCCAGGCGCAAGAGAAAAGAUAGCGGCAUUGCGCCAACGGCAUAGACGCCUCGAGGCUUCCAUUGAGAGCUAUGAGAUCCGAGUAGCCGAACAGAAUGCGCAGUUGAGCCGGAUGAACAGACCUCGCGACUUCGACGACGAGCCUGAGGAGGAGGAACCUGAAUUAGAGGCACCGCCUGGGAUAGUAGUCACUGAAGAAGACCUAAGGAGAGAAGAGGAGGAGAUCCGAGAGCUAGAGCGGAAGAAACAAGGGCUGGAAGAUAGGACUGCCCUUCGCAAUGGCGCUCGGGCUUUCGCGCAGAAUGUCCUAGCUGGUGCUCCCUCAGUCUACAGUCAGCUUCCAGAUCAAGCAGCGCGUUUCCGAUCGACUCGCCCCAUUUAUCGCAAAGCUGUCGAGGCAGGAUUCAUUGCGGGACAGAUUCCCGCACCGCUCGGGGGAACCGCUGGCAGUCUCAUCAACGCAGCAAUCUUGGUGGAGGAGCUUUAUGCAGUAGAGCCAAGUGCCUCGUUGACUAUUCUUGGAACGGGGCUGGGCCUUACCCCACUACUAUUAGGAGGCAGUCAAGAGCAACAUGCACGUCUGCUGAAGCCAUUCUUGAGUGGAGAAGGCGAGCCUCUGGCAAGUUUAGUGCAUUCAGAGCCAGGAGGAACAGCAAAUUGGCUAGAGCAAGGGUCGCCCGGCUUGCAAACAACGGCAAGGAAAGAGGGAAAUGAAUGGGUCAUCAAUGGGGAAAAGGAUCCCAACAGCGAUCCAGCUACCUCGAUUCUCAUUCUCGUUGUCACAUCCGCUGAGAUCGCAAACAACAAGCCAGCCGCGUUCGUCGUUCUGGGUGACCCCGAACUCGCAGGCCACAAAGCAGCGUCAGGACCUCAUUCUCGCUUCACAGAAUUCCGGGUACCAGAGAAGAAUCUCCUUGCGCCGCCAGGCUCUGGCGCCGAGCUUGUUGAGAAAACGUUUGGUUCUAGUGCCGCUCUUGUCGGUGCCAUGGCUAUUGGUAUCAUGCGUGCUGCCUUCGAUGCCGCUUUAGCCUUUGCGAAAUCAGACACCAGAGGUGGCACAGCUCCGAUCUUGUAUCGGCAGAGUGUUGCGGAUCUAUUGAUUGAUAUCAAGAUGCGCGUCGAAGCUGGGAGGGCGCUGACUUGGAAGGCGCUGAGCUGUUUGGAGAAAGGGCCAGGUGGGUUUGAAGCGAGGCUAGAGAUCGCGCUUGAGGCAAAAAUCUGGUGUUCUGAUCAAGCAGUGAAAUGUGUUAUGGACGCUAUGAAGACCGUUGGGAUGACUGCCUAUGCUAGUGACCAGCCAUUCUCUAGGCUGCUGGAGGAUGCGGCUUGCUUGCCGUUAUUUGACGGAGGAAAUGUGGGCAUUCGACGACGCCAGAUAGAGAAGAUCUUCCAAAGGGACGAUUACUCGCCUUGGGCAGCGACUUAUGAGUAG